UCUCGUACAUCUGCCUAUAGAUAAAGCCACUCUUUACCGUCAUCAGACUUCCACGGGAAUUCUUCGUAAAUGAGUGGACUACUACUUUUUUCGGCAUUUGUGUUCUGUCAAGUCGGAGGUGUCAAUGCUUUACCAUUUAUUCACCCGUCACCACGUUCCACCGACGUCGUCUUGGACCAAUUGCAAAACUACUCAUUUCCAGUCCACAAGAAGCAUCACUCACUAGCCGGUCAUCCGGACAACUUUGAUUGCCCAUACUAUUCAACCCACAAACUCUUGUCAGUUCGAUGGUUUCGCAACGAGAAAGAAAUCGAGAGGGCGCAACGGCAAAGGAAAAUAGCCGUCACGAAGGACGGUCAUCUACGUUUCCUUUCGGUUGAGAGAGAAGAUCGCGGUACUUAUCGUUGCGAAGUCUACUUCAAGGACACCCUGCAAACGCAAACGAGGAAAGUCAAGCUGAUUGUUCACGAGAAACCAACCAUAGUUAGACGGUCGGCCAAGAAGAAACACACCACGGUUGGAAACCCCGUAUUUUUCUACUGCGAAGGAGCCGGCAAACCACAACCGCGUACGGUGUGGCUGAAAAAUGGGAAGAAACUGGACACGGCGAUAGGCACACGCUACCAGCUUCUGUCCAACAUGCUUGGCAUUCUAGAUGUAAUCAUGGAGGACGCCGGUGACUACACGUGCAUCAUACGCAACAAAUACGGUGAUGCCGAAGCCACCACGACCCUAACCGUUCAAGACCCGCCGCCCGCCCGGCCACACAUCAUCUACAUCACACCGCGCAUCAACACGACGGAGGGAUCUAACGUGACACUGCGGUGCACGGCGAGAAACAAUUACAGCAACGCUUCAAUCCAGUGGGAAGUGAACACGACCGACGCUCCAUACACUUCCUAUGACAUACACAUCGAGAAGACGACCAAGGGAAACGUGAGCAUACUGACAAGUCGACUAAUACUCCAAAAUGUGAGGUCUACGACGAGGACUCUCGUCAUAUGCAGAGCCAGAAAUCAAAUAGGAAGUACAACGGCAGCCGUGCGACUCUCAGUUAAAGCGAUAUAAUGCCAUGGUGAACGUCACUGUAUGUAUUCAUGUGGGGUCACAAAUGACAGUAGCUCUAUUUUCAUGUGGCAAAGUAUAUAAAAGCAGAGAUUGCCGCUAUAUUGGAACCAUGCACCUUUGGGCUAUAAUCCUGGCAGUCUGGGCAUUACGUUACUGACUGCUAGCUAGACAGUGUAAAUCAUAGUAGAUUAGAAUCUAGACGGCUAUGUAUGACUGCUUUUUGACUAUCAGAAGCAUUUUCUCUUUCUACAUGUACGCCUGGUAUGAUGCCAUAGUAGGUGACUAUGUCCUACAAAUAUACCAAAGAUGAAACAAGCAUCA